CCCCGACGGAACGCGAACCAUUGCCUUCCCUUGUCGCCAAACGCCGCGGCUCUUCGAGGCGUUUGAGGGUGUGGGAAUGUGUGCAGUUGUCAGAUCCUUCUAGUGCUAAACACUCAUGUGAAAUCUCAUACCUUUACUCAUUUCUACAUGUCAGUGAUACCGAAGCAGAAAGAGAGUUAAAUCAUGGGGAAGAGGAAGUCCAGGGCGAAGCCACCUCCUAAGAAGCGAAUGGACAAACUUGAUACUGUCUUUUGUUGCCCAUUCUGCAACCAUGGGAGUAGCGUUGAAUGUCGGAUUGACAUGAAAAAUUUGAUUGGGGAGGCUGCAUGCCGGAUUUGUCAAGAAAGUUUCAGCACUACUAUCACUGCAUUGACCGAGCCAAUUGACAUAUACAGUGAAUGGAUAGAUGAAUGUGAACGUGUCAACAACCUUGAAGAUGAUGCUGCCUAAGCAUCUAGUUUGGAUGGGUUAGUGAAGUAAGGAAGCCGAUGUAAAAUUUAUCUAAUAAUAUAUGCUUGACCAUAGCAUCAAAUGUUCAUGAAAUCAUUUUAAUCAGAGAACUUUGCAAUAGUGGAAAGACAGAACCUCGCAAUAGUGGAAGACAGCAGAGAUACUUGUUUAUUGUACCCUUGAAUGUAUGAGGGGGUACGAGGAUAUUGUAGCUGUAUGAGUGCCUGUAAUGUUUCUCUGGUGCUUGUUUAAUAGUAGAAUGCAGGGACGGCACUCAGUAUAAAAUAUCUACUAUGUUUGUAAAA